AUGGAAUACCAUUCUUCCAUAGAAAAUUUGGAUGAAGAUGGAUAUACUCAAUUAGACUUCAGCUCUUGCAAUAUCAUCAGGAAAUCUGUGGUCGCAGAGAAAGGAUUUUGUGCUGCAUCUCCUCGUUGGCGUCCCAUUGCUGUGACUUUUGGAAUUUUAUGCUUGGUAAUGCUGGUGAUAACUGUGGUCCUGUGUACCAUGGCUAUCUGGAGACCCAGUUCAGGCAACAACAUGUUGGAGAAUAACAGCUUUCAAUCAAGAAAGAAAGAGAACCACAGUCAACCCACACAAUCAUCUUUAGCAGAGAAUGUGGCUCCUACCAAGGCUCUCACGACCACAGGAGUUCUUUCUAGCUCUUGUCCCCCUAACUGGAUCACACAUCAGAAUAGCUGUUAUCUAUUUAGCACAUCAUUAGAUUCCUGGGAUACAAGUAAAAGACGGUGCUUGCAACUGGGCUCAAAUCUCCUGAAGAUAGACAGCUUAAAAGAGUUGGAAUUUAUAUCUAGGCAAGUGUCUUCCCAACCUGACCAUGCAUUUUGGAUAGGGCUUUCUCGCCGUCAGACUGAAGAACCAUGGCUCUGGGAUGAUGGUUCAACGUUGUUGUCUAACUUGUUUCAAAUCAGAAGAACAGUUACCAAACAAGACUCAUCUCACAUUUGUGUAUGGAUUCAUGGGUCAGUCAUUUACGACCAGCUUUGUAGUGUGCCUUCAUACAGUAUUUGUGAGAAGAAGCUGUCAAUAUAA